AUGGAGAGCAAGCAGAAGGAGAACCACCUCAGAGAUGUCACUAAUACUAUAGUGUCAUCCCAGAAAGUAAAUUUACCUAGUGGCACUCUAAACUUGGAUAAGCAUUUCGACUUGAUUCAUGAUACCCAUAAUGAAUUACAACAACAGUUGCAUCGGAUAGAAACGUCGACAAGUCAAACCAAUGUUGACUUGGAACAGCUUUACUCGCGACUGAAGAGCAACAAUGAUAACUUGAAUAAGCUUUUGAGGAAUGUUGUUGAUUAUUCAAAUGAAGUAAUAACGGAAGGAAAUGCCACUAAGGCUGAUAUGAGUUUGAUUAUUAAAGCGCUAGAAGAGUUGAAGAUGAGGGAUGUUUCCUUGAAAGAUGAUGAUUUUGCCAGGAUAAAGGAAGUGAUGCAGCUCAUGUAUGAGGAAAGUGGGGUAAACCAUAACGAAUUGAAAGUAGAACUACAGAAGCUAAAUGCUUUAAAGGACAGUGACAAAAAGAUUUUUCAAGAGCAAUUUGAUCAUUUAGAAGAGUUAAUCAAGACAGCGGGUAACUCAGCAAAUCUGGAUAAAGUAGAAGAGGUUUUGAAACAGACUCAAGAGUGGAGCAAAGAGUUUAGGCGAGAGUUAAAAGCAUUUAGUGAACACGAAGAGCAAGCACAGUUUGCCAAUCGUCAAGUAUUGACGAAAUUAUCGGCACUUGAAAAACAACUACAAGAUCGCGCCUCUAGUGAAAGAUCCAACCUAGUGAUUUCAUCCCACGAAUCAAAGAUUAACGAAUUGGAGAUGAAAAUACAAAAUCUCGAGAACAAGUAUGAAUCACUUGUGGGAAAGUAUAGCCAAAAAUACAACCAGUUCAAGAUCCUCCAACAACAAUUGGACGACUUAUCAAAAAGGGCACAUACAGAAUACUCCUCGGAUCUGUUGCUGUCCAAUCUUUACAAUUUAAAGAGAUUCCAUAAAAGCAGUUUGCAAAUGAUUGACGAGCACGAUUCCUUCCAGAGCGACAAACGAGUAGUCAGUACCCCAGUUGCAUUUGCCAAUAAUUCAGACGAUGAGUAG